AUGGAACCAACAAAUGAAUCGGAGCUAAUCACGCGAUAUCUUCUUCCUGCCUUUCAAGCAUUAUUUGAUGACGACAAAAGAAAAACGCUAAUACGCUGGACUGCCACCCAAUCCGUAGACACCAAGCAGUCAUCGUCAUCAUCAAGCAGCCGGCCUGACUGCAUUAUAUCCGUCUUGAAGAAUAGCUAUCCAUACAAGAAUGUUGGAUUCGGCGAGGUGAAGUCGCCUUUUGAAUCGGGCAAUCACCAUGCUGUCAACAAAGACUUGUAUCGAUUGGGCCUAUUCUGCAAGACAGCUAUCAAUGAUGCGGGCUUGAGAGCUUGUUUGGCCUUGCAUGCGGUUGGUUUAAAGCCGCAUACUUUUUACUUUGGCACUGCAAGCGAAUGGCUUCUACACACUGAUGACAGAGGUUUGCCGUCUCAGUAUGCCUCCUUCUGUUGA